AUGCCGCCUAGACGCAACGUGAGGAACGGGGAACCUACCUCCCAGGCUUCGGUGGAAGAAAGUGUGACGCAACCAAGGCCGCCGUCACCACCACCACCUCCCCGAGUAGAUAGGGAAGUCGUGAAACUUUUCCUUGACCAAAAGCCUCCCACCUUCGACGGGAGGGUCGAACCUGCAAAAGCUGAAACCUGGAUACGUGCCUUAGAGCGCAUCUUCAAGACAUUAGUAUGCAACGAUGCGGAAAAGAUGAUCUGCGUGACGCACCCGCUGACCGGAUCCGCCGAUUUUUGGUGGGAUACUAAGUUAAAGACCAUGCCCCAGGAUCGCAUAGACGAGAUGACUUGGGAGGAAUUCAAGACCGAUGUGUAUGACAAAUACGUACCCAAGAGCUACCGCAAGGCAAAAGCUGCCGAGUUUCACAACCUCACCCUUGGACGUCUGUCCGUGACCGAAUAUGACAGCGCACUUUGUGACAUGACCCGCUAUGCGCCGAAACAGACGGAUACCGAUGAGAAGCUGGCCGAUAAGUUUCGAGAGGGCCUUAGGCACGAGAUUAGGAUGGCAUUGGCAGUCCGUGGAACCCUUACGUACGCCAAGGCGCUGGCCCUCGCACUGGAUGUAGAGGAAGCAAUGCCAAAGGAGAGGAGUGCAGGGAACACUCCAACGGCACUACCCCCGCCACGCCCUAACCACGACAAGAGGAGGUGGGACGAGAGUAGGAUUCCCUAUGACAACAAGCGAUACCGCCCCGCUCAGAACAGGCCGCCGUACGGAGGAGGACAGACUUCGUUCAAUCCGAGGAGCGACCCCCGUGCCAGACCACCCCAGCGUAACGUUUGCGCCAAGACCCAUUUCGGGGAGUGUAGAGGACCAAACCCGACUAGUUGCUUCAACUGUGGAGGGAACGGUCAUUUCUCUAGGGAGUGCCUGUGUAGGAACGUAGGAACCGGGUCGAGGCAGAACCAUCAGGGCUUCCAUCAGCAGCCGAGGGCGCCACCGACGGGCUCGGGAGUGAACCGGAGUCAACCACCGCGGCUGCAGCAGCCAGUCCGUCCAAGACUUCCCGCCCCGGCUAGAGCGUACGCCAUUAGCUAG